AUGGGCUUCUCAACGGCCCUGCAAGGCCGUGCCGCCCACGAGGCCUUAAUCUCCCGUCAAGAUGUCGAACUGCGCCUAAUGGAAAUCAUGAAACGUACCAUCCAACUCAAAGCCAAAUACGAUAAGGAGUAUGCCGUUGGACUAGCUGCUGUGGCACAACAGGGUCUAAAAAUCGAUCGAGCCGAUGACAUGCAAGGCAGUCUCAUAACAAAAUCCUGGCGUUCCUAUAUGGAUGAAUUGGAUCAACAAGCUAAACAAUUUAAAUUCAAUGCCGAACAACUGGAAGUGGUGUGCGACAAAUUGGCCCACUUGUCGCAGGAUAAGCGCAAGGCCAAGAAAACAUACCAGGAGGAGCAUACAAAAAUUGCCGCCAGAUUAAAUCAUGUAAGUUCAUUUUGA